UAGUGUAUGUACGAGCCGGCGUCCUAUUAGCAGUCCGGUGGCGCCACAUAGCGUCCACAAGGCUAAGCAAAAGAAGAAGAAGAAGAACGUGCCUCCGCGAAAUCUUUCUCUGAGGCUCUCCUUUUACGACGAUCAUGGGUCGUAUGCACGCGCCUGGUAAGGGUAUAUCCCAGUCAGCUCUGCCUUACCGCAGAUCUGUUCCAAAUUGGUUGAAGCUCACUUCUGAAGACACAAAAGAGCUGAUUUAUAAAUUAGCCAAGAAAGGUCAUACCCCAUCACAAAUCGGUGUUAUUUUGCGUGAUUCUCAUGGAGUCGCUCAAGUACGUUUCCGCACUGGAAACAAGAUUUUAAGAAUCGUGAAAAGUAUGGGUCUAGCUCCAGAUCUACCCGAAGAUCUGUACUAUUUGAUCAAAAAAGCUGUAGCAAUACGGAAACAUCUGGAACGGAAUCGCAAGGAUAAGGAUUCCAAGUUCAGAUUAAUUUUGGUAGAAUCUAGAAUUCACAGAUUGGCCCGUUAUUAUAAGACAAAAGGAUCUCUUCCUCCAAACUGGAAGUACGAGAGCUCUACUGCUAGUGCACUUGUUGCUUAAUUUUUUUUUAAUGAAAAUAAAAAUUAUUUAAAAAAAGCACAAA